CUCAGAGCUGAGUGUUAACCAGACUCCCUCUGAAAAUAACCCUGUACCUAUAUGUACGGUGGUGCGGCCUCGCGCUGUCUCGAGGUGUAAAACCCGCAGACGAGGGCCGCAACCAGUAUGUCGAAACCGCGGCAUCCCCUUGACCGCUACAGAGCUGAGUGUUAACCAGACUCCCUCUGAAAAUAAUAAAAGGGAAGUACUCAGAAUAGGGUUCAUGAACAUAAGGUCGCUUUCAUCGAAGGCGCUCUUGGUCCAUGAUCUAAUUAUUGAUAAAAAGAUCGACAUACUGGGGCUUUGUGAAACCUGGUUAAAACCAGAUGAGUUUCUAGCCCUAAACGAAGCUACUCCACCCCAUUACGUUAGCACACAAGUAUCUAGAGAAGUUAAGAAAGGUGGUGGAGUAGCCCUGAUAUCUAAUUCUAAGCUUAAUUUAAAGCCAAAGAAUAGAUAUAUUUUCAGAUCCUUUGAGGUGCUAGCGCUCUGCACCUCAGCUCCUCGAGAAGCAAAACGAGUUCCAGACUCUUUUGUUUUAGCUGUAGUAUACCGUCCCCCAGGACCGUAUUCAGUUUUUCUGGAUGAGUUUUCUGACUUUGCAGCUGACUUGGUUACAUAUUCAGACAAUAUUUUGCUUAUUGGGGAUUUCAACAUUCACGUGAAUAACCCGUCUGAUGCCCUCACAAGGGCUUUUCUGUCCACUACAGAUACGCUUGGCUUCAAACAGCUCGUCCAGCAUCCAACCCACAUCGGUGGAAACACGCUGGAUCUCGUUCUGACCCGCGGUGUUGACAUUUCACAGCUAGUGGUCUCUUCCUACACCUCAGCUUCUGUGCAAGUGAACCUGAAGCCCAAGAUGGUCAGCAUGGGGACACAAACUUUCACCCCCCUCACUAGUAGGGUUGAGCACCGAAACGGUUCCGAUGUAAACGGUUGCAACGAGAUCGAAUAA